CCCCGGGCUGAGACGAGUCGGCUGUGAUGAGGAAGCCUGGGGCCGCGUCCCAAAACGGCGCCAUGUUGGAAGUGUAGCGCACUACGUAGGGUUCAGAGGACGUGAGUGCACUAACUCUAAUCCCUAAGUAGUGCACUCGUGUAGGGAUCAGCGAGUCCUUUGGGAUACAGCCCGAGUGAGUGUGACCGGUAUGUACAGUAUGUUUAUAGCGACGUGUAGGAGCAUGUGAAGGAAAUAAAACAUAAAACACAUCAGUCUGUGGUCAGAGUCCUGGAUAAUAACUCCAGCAGUGUGACACCUGAAUUAUUCCUGACUUCACCAUGACGCAGUGAUCUCUAACCGACAGCUCUACACUGUAUUCACUAAUAGAAUUGUAUUAAAGCCGUGUGUGUGUGUGUGUGUGUGUGUGUGUGUGUGUGUGUGUGUUAGUGUUAGAGCAUCGUACAGGAGUGUAAACAUGGUGGAUAACCGCUAUGCCACAGCCUUAGUGAUCGGCUCUGUGCUGAGCCUGUUGGCCAGCGUGUACCUCUCCGUGGCGGUCGGUACUCAGCAUUGGUGCCAGUACCGCAGUCCGCCGGCCAGCAACGACGCCAACAACGGCUCGGACCUGCGGGAGCUGAAGGACGCUUUCGGGAGCGAGGACGUGCCCGAGAACUCGUACAGUAUGGCACUGUUCCGCCUCAACGGCUCUGUGGGGCUGUGGUGGCGCUGCAUCCUCGUACGUCAAACAGGUUUAGACUCUAAGAUGGUGUCUGAAUGUGAGGCCUUCACUUUAGCGCAGCAGUUUGAAAUCAAACACCUGAAUCACAGCAGCGGUGAUGAGGAUUUCCUGCGCACCUAUCUGUGGCGAUGUCGCUUCAUCUUCCCCCUGGUGUCUCUCGGCCUGGUGUUUCUGGCAGCGCUGGUCGGAGUGUGUGCCUGUCUCUGUCGCAGCCUCACACCCACCCUGUUCGUCGGAUUAUUGCACCUUCUGGCAGGUCUGUGCUCCCUGGCCACGGUGUGCUGCUUCCUGGCAGGAAUGCAUCUGCUACACCAAACGUCGGAGUGGCCCGAGGGCGUCGUCUGGUCUCUGGGCUGGUCCCUAUACCUGGCCCUGGUCUCCUCCCCGCUGCAGAUGAUGGCCGCCGCUCUGUUCAUCUGGGCCGCCAGGAGCCACCGCAAGAACUACACUCGCAUGACCGCUUACAGGGUCGCGUAAUUCAGUGUUCACACACCGCAGGACUGGAGCACCAGAGCACUGAAUCAGCGUACCUCUGAGAAUCAAACACAUCACAUAUACCGCUCACCUGAGGAAUCACCUGAGGAAUCACCUGAGGAACCACCUGAGGAACCACCAAGGGAAUCAUUAGAGGAGUCCUGGGUGGGUGGUGGGGUACCUGAGGAGUCACCUUAGUGAAUUAUAACUGAGGCUUUAUAAUGUUAUAAGCUCCUCAUUACUAUCUUCUUCACCACUAAACCCAGUCCUACAGCAGAGUCCAUGCGUCUGAGUGAAGAAUGAAGGUUUCCCCAGUACCUGUACACCGUCCUGCAGAGAAUCCAUCACAAAUACUUUCCUGAACAUCAUCUGUUCAUAAGCAUCAUAACAGGAUAUUCAAAUGUAUUCCUGUAAACAUCUACGGAAGCGUGUAAGAGUGUCUUUCAACCCGGAAUAUUUCUAUCAUUUUUAAGAUAAAGUGCAAAAGCUGGGAUUCCUGAGUUUCAGAUCGUUCAAGUGUCUGGACAUUUUUCUGGCCCUGAAAAUAAGCUCCGCCCCUUGGCGUCACCCACAGAGCUGAUAUAGAUCACAACCCGUAAGUAAUGUUUCGUUCCUACGAAAUGCUCAUGAAAAUCAGUGUUUAUUACAAACUUUUCAUUUUUAACUUAAAUAAAAUAACGUUAGAGAUUUUUGGUGGAAAUUAUGCAGCCUAAAAAUAUAAAAGCAGACUUCAUGGGUUUUUUUCUAGAGUUCAGAGGAAUGUGAGUGUUUAAUAUACACAGCUGGUCAAGUGAAGGAAUAAUGCUUAAUCAUGAUUGUGGGCGUGGCACAUAACAAGAAUCAGUCUGAUUGGCUGCCACUGUUAUAUUAGCAUCUCAUUUGCAUUAAAUCAUUUUUGGGGUUUUUUUUGCUCUGUAUGUCUGUCAUUUUCACAAUCCUUCAUAUUUUUAUUAUUAUUACAGAUAAUAUUUUCCCUCAUAUAUCGCCACAUGACAAAGUUUUGGCACCUCAUGGUUUCCAGUAAUUACCAAGAGAAUUAAAUAUUUAUUCGCAUAUAAUACAUUACUCCAUGUGAGCUACAGCUCAUUCUUUUUAUGCCCCGGUUUUAUUUUUUGUUUUAUUUUUACCUGAAAAUAACUUUUUUGAGAUUUUGAGAUGGAAUGCUGGCCCGGUAACCGUAUUGGGAUAAAAAUUGAGCUGAAUAAUUCAUUCCCUGUGUUCAUUGUGAAGCUGUUAAAAACGUAAUCCAAUUAGUUUAGUCAGCUUUUUUGCAGUAUAUUCGAUGAAGUGUGUAAUUUCUGUGUAAUCAUGUCUGUGUGCGUAGCAGAAACUAUUUUUGAAUGCAGUAAUUUAAAGAGGUGCAUUAACCACUGAAGCCUUUUACUUGUUUUAUUUUUCUGGAUUGUGGUCUUCAUUACGCGCAUGUUUUAUUUCUUUAAAUCUUAUAUUGGAAUGUUUUUUUCUUCUUUUCAGUAGAUCACAUAAUCACUUUAAAUCUGUAUCAUGGCUGUUGUGUAUGUAUUUAUAUAUUUAUAAAACCUUUUGGAGGAUUUUUUUUCUUUUAGUUAGCAUCAUGUGGCUUGUUUUGGUGCGAUUCUAAAUUGUCUCUUAAACCGUAUGCAAUACAUUAACGCCGAGUUAAACAGAUACCUCACGGUCAGGAUGAAACACCAGGACAGUCCACUGUGACAUUUUAAUGCAGCCCAGAUUACCCUCUGUGUCUUUUAGGUUUUUAUACGUGUUUUUAUAUUUCUACAUUUCAAAUGAGCGAUCACAAUAAAUGUCUUUCCAAGUGGAA